GACAAAACGUAUACAAACAUGGCGUCCGUCAGUGAGGCAUCGCAGGAGGAUUCACACGUGGGGAAAAAGCCUGCAGGUCGUUACUGGCAGGAGUCUCAUAAAAGAGUGAAGGAUGACAACGAACCUGAAAAGAAUGAUGGAGAAAGCGAACGUCCUCUGCAGAGAAAAGCACAGAAGCCAAAGAAACGAAAACAGGAGGACACAGGACGGGACUCAAGACAAGGGAAGAAAUUUGUAUCAGGGAAAACAGACCCCUUUCCUGGGCCUGCUCCUGUUCCGAAAGAAAGAAUUCAGAAGUUCAAAAGGAAAGAAGAAAUGUCGAAAUCACGACACAAGCACCACAAGCUAAAACGACUAAUUGCCCAGUCAGAGGAUGCUUCUAAAAUGGCUCAAAACCAAGCUGCACGCUUUGACCUUCUUCUCCCAGAGGAUGAAGGGUUCCUUGAAGGAGAUGAAGGAGAGGACACUUGCACAAUUUCUCAGGAAGAUAUUGCCAAUGCUGUUGAUAUAUCUGCUAGUGCAAAGUAUUUUAAUUUAAAACUAUCACAGUUUGGGCCAUACCGAUUGGACUACAGCAAAACAGGGCAACACCUGCUGCUUGGUGGGAGGAGAGGCCAUAUUGCCUGUUUGGAUUGGCAGUCUAAACAGUUGAUGUGCGAAAUAAAUGUGCUGGAGUCUGUUAAUGACGUGAAAUGGCUUCAUAGUGAGUCCAUGUAUGCAGUAGCACAAAAGAAAUGGUUAUAUAUUUAUGACUCUAAUGGAAUAGAGCUUCACUGUAUCCGGAAGUUCAAUGAUGUUCUUCGCAUGCAGUUUCUUCCCUACCACUUUUUGCUUGCCACAGCGAGUGCCACAAGUUUUCUGCAAUACCUUGAUGUCUCGGUUGGAAAGGAGGUUGCUGCAAUUUGUACCAAAAGUGGGCGCCUUGAUGUAAUGUGUCAGAAUCCUUAUAAUGCCAUCAUUCACCUUGGACAUCCAAAUGGAACAGUCACACUUUGGUCCCCAAACCAGAAAGAAGCUCUUGUGAAAAUGCUUUGUCACCAGGGAGGAGUACGCUCCGUCAGUGUAGAUAAGACAGGAACAUACAUGGUGACGUCCGGCAUGGAUAAAAAGCUCAAAGUUUAUGACAUAAGAGCGUUCAAACCCCUAAAAUCAUAUUUUCUUCCUACUGGAGCAUCCUGUCUUUCUCUGAGUCAAAGGGGACUCUUGUCAGCAGCAACUGGUGAUGUAGUUCAGGUGUACAGAGAUGUGUGGAGCACUCCUGUUACCAAGCCCUACAUGGCUCACAGAGUUAGAGGAGCAGUGUGGGGGCUACACUUCUGUCCUUUCGAGGAUGUCUUAGGUGUAGGGCAUGGAGAUGGUUUUACUAGCAUGCUUGUACCUGGAGCUGGUGAACCCAACUUUGAUGGUCUGGAUGCUAAUCCCUACCGCAGUGCAAAACAGAGACAAGAAUGGGAGGUUAAAGCUCUUUUGGAGAAGAUUCAACCACAACUAAUUAGUUUAGACCCCAACAAACUUGGAGAGGUUGACAGAGCAACGUUUGAGCAAAAACACCAAGACAGGAUUGAAGCUCUAGGCUUUGAUCCCCUUGAAAAACAGAAGUUUGUUCCCAGGUUUAAGAAAAAAGGUCGUAGCUCCGCAGGAGCUGUUGAAAGACGAAAGAAGCAGGUGGCUCACGAGGACCAAAGAGAAGUGAUCAAGAAAUCAAUUGAGGACAAAAUGAGGACUGAAAAGGAACAAAAGCAGAAAAAUAGCAAGGCUUCCGCUGUAUCUAAACAGAAAUCUGCUCUAGAUAGGUUCAGAAAAUAGCAAAGAGGGUUAAUUGUUUUGCUCAGCAACAGUGUGAGGUUUCUGCAAAGAAAUCUUGUGUGACCAAACCACCAAAAUCGUGAUCAUAGUCAGCAAAAAAGAACUACAGUCAAUACAGAAUACAAUGUCAUGUCAAAGUCCAGACAAAUAAUUAGUAACUGGUGUAUUUACUUUUUCCCUGAGCAUUGUGCUCUAAAAUAAUUUUCUUGUGUGCAGAGCUGUUAAGGGUUUAUAUAAAAAAAAUAAAACAUCAAAUGUCUGACUACAUGUUUUCACAGGGUAAUAGUACUGGUAUACCUUAAUAUAAACUUUCACUGCCAAAUACUGUUAUUUUUGCAUAGGAAAAACUUUGGACAGCAAGGCUAGGCUGCUGAUUAGAAAGGGGAAAUGCAAAUAUUUAUAAAAGCAGGUAGUUUUGAAUUUAAAUGUGGCAGAAUAGUUGUAGCAUUAACACAACAAAGAAACAUCUUCAAUAUUGCAAUCUGUCCAAAGUAAUGUAUUGCACAUUGAUAUAUUGCCGAGACAUGUACUGAAAAUUAGGAACAAGAAAU